GGGUCCGAACCUAGUUGUAAUAGUAAUGCAUGAUACGCUAUUUAAAAAAAAAAGUGAUGCAUGAUACGCACCACGUGUUGUAACUUUUCAAAGAGAGAAGACAACCAGACAAUAACAGAACAAAAGGUACAUUGAACCUGGACACUUUGCAAUCCCAAAGACCAAAAACUCAAAUGAUGCCUAUUAAAAGGAUCUUCACAACACACAUUGAGAUAUAACAGUUUUUUAAGUUUUAAUACAGAAGAAACAGCAAACACCACCUCAAAUAUCACUUUUCUAUUCAAUUAAUGGGGAAAGGAGGAGGAGGUUAUGUGACGGUGGCGGCGGAAGAGGUUGAUGAGCUACGGAGGAGGAACGGAGAGUUGGAGAGAGAAAUGGAGGAGAUGAAGAAAGAGAUGGUUCAGCUGUGGCGGCGGACUGUGGUUGCAGAAGAGGCCGAGGAGAGACUCUGUUCGCAACUGGCGGAGCUUGAGGUCGAGUCUUUAGAUCAGGCGCGUGACUAUCAGUCUCGCAUUCUCUUUCUCAUGGACCAAAUCUCUCGUCUCUCUUCCUCCUCUCUUGAAGUCGUUGUUACAGAUUCGUAGAUACAUAAAGAGUUUUUUUAUGUCUUUUUUAGUUUAAUGUUUAUAAAAAUUGUAAACAGUUUUUCCAUAAAAGAUUUACAAAUUUUCAUUUUCAUUAUAAACUAGAGGAAAAAACAAGUUGGAGCAAGAAACUUUUGGAGAACA